UAUUGCCACUACUACUACUACUACUACUACUACUACUACUACUACCACUACUACUACUACUACUACUACUACUACUACUACUCACACUACUACUACUGUUACUACUACUGCUCACACUACCAAUGAACAUAUCAGAAGAUGUGGUUUUUGCUGUUUACAUAACUAA